UGGCAGUAUCCCUCGUGUCAGCUGCGGCUGGGCCCAUGGUGGAAUCGGUCUUGUCUGUCGGUUUAGAGCUGACUGAUGUCAAGCACCGCACUGCGAUCAACCGCUACGAGUGCUAUAGUGAGGCCGCCGGAAUGAUGCUUGCAGGUCUCGUGGCAUGGGCAGUGCCCAAUUGGAUCUACUUCGUCUCGGUUGUUACCCUAUGUUGUUUUGCGUUAUUCUUCUUCUUCAGGUGGUUCCCCGAGUCUCCGCGCUGGCUGGCGUGCAGGGGUCGCGAGCAGGAGGCGCUGGCCGUUCUGCGUCGCAUAGCAGCCACCAACGGCUCCACGGUGCCCCCGUUCGCCCUGCAGGUGAUCCAGACCGUGGGCAAGAGCAAGACAGACAGGAGGGGCUUCCUCUGCAUCUUCUCCAGCUGGAACGUCUUCAGGAACACAGUAAUCCUCAUCGUUGCCAGGUCGGUGUACCUGCUGACUAUGUUCUCACCAGUGAUAGCGGUGAGCCAACUGAGCGCGAACCCUUUCCUGGGGAUAGUGGCUCAAGGGGCGGCCGUUUUCGCUGCCUUCUACGUGGUGAACUACUUUGGAGCGAGGUUCGGUCGCCGUUGGCCCAGUGCAGCCAGUGCACUCUUGGCCGCACUGGCCUGUGUCCUCAUCUUCUGCCUGUUCACUGCACACGUCGAGGGCGCACCCGUCGUGGUGGGGACCUUGCUGAUGCAGUUCAGCACCACUGCCAACAUGAGCAUGACCAACCUGCAGAGCAUCGAGCUGCACCCCACGUGUCUGCGUCAGAUCGCAACCAGUGUCGAAUGGGCUGUCGCCGGGGUUGUCAUGUCUGCUCUGCCCUACUUGGCGUUGAUGGAUGACAAGCGACUUCCCUUCGCCAUCCUCGCAGCUCUCAACUUUGUGGUAGCGUUUUCCGUGUCGUUCCUGCCGGAAUCUGCGCUGCAGCGAUUACCGGAGACGUUACGGGACGGUGCCGUCUUUGGCAGAAGACAGCGCUACUGGAGCUGGAAACCCAAACCAACACCAGAGUACGCCAAGGGAUAAAAGAGUUCCAGAAGUUCCUUUUAGUUUAGAAGGAUUAUUAAGGCGACAGUUUCAAUCUUCGAAUUUUGUUUUCUGACGGUGCACAGGAUUUGCUCGGUCUGUUAUGGGUGAUUAACAGUGUACUUUCUGCUGUAUUUCUGAUUUGUGAACACUAGCACGAAAACUGACCUGGAGCAGAUUAUAAAUUUCUCAUUGGUGCAACUCGUGACUCCUCAGUUUUUACAAGACGCAGGUAAUAAUUAUAGGACGAAAUACCUGCAGCGUCCAUCCUCAUGGUUUCUGGUU